AUGCAUGUGACCGCCAUCUUGCACCAUGAGUGUCCACAAUGGGCUGAACAACAUUUAGACUCUCACAUUGACUGCCACGUCAUGCGCUGGAGGCUCAGCAACAACAUGCCACAUCUUGGCCAUGUCCUCCACGAUGACCCCCCUGCUGCUGCUACGGCUGCCACCACCCACUUUCAUUGUCAACUACCCACAUUCUCCUUGGUACACAGCAAUCACAACUGCAACAAUCCGCCAAUACCGUCAAUGGUCCCCUCCGAUCUGCCACGUCGUCCAGACGGCAAUGACGCAACAGUAGUGCAGACCAGAAGCGAAAACGAAAAUAUCUUCUUGCGAAAUAUUGCUCUGGAUUUUCGUUUCUGGCUUUUCGCUGCCGAACCGAUUCCGGCCACUUUCAAAUUCAAGAUUUUUAUAAUUAUGAUUGCUGGACACUCUCUUCUGCAACAAGCGCCCACCACGACCAUCGACGAUUGGUCACAAAGACCCACCACCAUGUUUGAGGAAUGGCGAUGA